GGACUUGUCCCAGAAGGCAAAAUGGCGACCCAGCCUACGGCGAGACGCUCCUCCCAGCAUGCCUAGCGGCCGGGCCGGAGACGAGGCAGAGUGAUGGAGAUCCGGCGGGACCCUGCGAGUGGCCGGGGCUGAGGCGCAGCCGCGGGCCUGAUCGUUGGACGCUCGCCCGAGAGCUGAAAUGGAGACGUGGCGCUGUGUGCGGAGGGGCUACGGCCGCUGUGUGGCGGGGCGAGGCCGGUACUCCAUGUUUCCCCAUCCACUGAAGAGUUGGGGUCGAGACUGGAGCACACCGUGGGAGGAUCUGCAGAGGUAUUGCUGGAACAGACACAUUGCCAGUUGUCUGCGGUGGCCUGGACACUACUCACGUGUGCCCUACCCAUACUUGAGCAGCAGGCAUUUCUCACUGAACUGCAGACCACCUCUUCUGGUUGACUCUGGGACUCAGUUUCAGUUCUAUAAUUGGAGACCUGAUCAUCUGCACAACACAUCCUUGUUCCAUCUCUCCAGUUACGUCAUGAGCUCUGACAGAGAUGAGCCCUCAUCCAAACGAAGAAAACGCCAUGGAACAAUAAAAAGGAAUUGGGAGUAUUUAUGUAGCCAUAAUAAAGAAAACAUUAAGGACGGAGAAGACAAGAAUGCCGACUCCACGUGUGAGGACAGUGAAGGAAAGUUCGACUUUUCAGUGAUGUCUUACAAUAUCCUCUCCCAAGACUUACUGGAGGAUAACUCGCACCUCUACAGACACUGCCGGCGUCCAGUGUUACACUGGAGCUUCCGGUUCCCCAAUAUCCUGAAAGAAAUCAAACAUUUUGAUGCCGAUGUGCUUUGUCUGCAGGAAGUUCAAGAAGAUCAUUAUGGAACAGAAAUCAGGCCAAGUCUGGAAUCACUGGGUUAUCACUGUGAAUAUAAGAUGAAGACAGGAAGGAAACCUGAUGGCUGUGCCAUUUGCUUCAAACAUGCCAAAUUUUCACUCCUAUCCGUGAACCCGGUGGAAUUCUGCCGUCGUGACAUUCCUCUGUUGGACAGAGACAACAUUGGAUUAGUGUUACUCCUGCAGCCCAAGAUGCCACGUGCUGCCUCUCCCUCCAUCUGUGUAGCUAACACUCAUCUGCUGUAUAACCCACGGCGAGGUGAUAUUAAGCUGACUCAAUUGGCAAUGCUGCUCGCAGAGAUUUCCAGUGUGGCCCAUCGGAAAGACGGCAGCUUCUGUCCCAUCAUCAUGUGUGGUGACUUUAACUCUGUUCCUGGUUCUCCACUCUAUAGUUUCAUAAAGGAAGGAAAAUUGAAUUAUGAAGGACUUGCAAUUGGAAAGGUAUCUGGCCAGGAACAGUCAUCUCGGGGACAGAGAAUCUUAUCUAUUCCAAUUUGGCCCCCAGACCUGGGCAUCUCCCAGAGCUGUGUAUAUGAGACACAGCAGGUUCCCAGAGCAGGAAAGACUGACAGUGGUCUGACGGAGGCCCCGCUGGAGAAGACAGAGGUCGGAGUGUCGGCUGAAAACGUGUCUUCACAUCUCCAGCACCACUUCAGCUUGUCAUCUGUUUACUCUCACUACCUUCCUGACACUGGACUUCCAGAGGUGACCACCUGCCAUUCCCAGAGCGCCAUAACUGUUGAUUAUAUUUUCUACUCUGCAGAAAAGGAGGACGCUGCUCGGGAUCCAGGAGCUGAAGCUGCUUUGGUUGGUGGCUUGAAACUUCUAGCUAGACUGUCGCUUCUUACAGAGCAAGACCUGUGGACCGUGAACGGGCUUCCCAAUGAACACAACUCCUCAGACCACCUGCCUCUGCUGGCUAAGUUCAGGCUGGAGCUCUGACUCUGUCUUCUCAAAGACUAUGAAGAUACUAUUUGCAUGAUAUUCAUUUUUGUGCUGUGGGGUUCUGAACUUGCUUGAGCAGAUUGGAAGGAACAAGUUUACAACAGCUUUUUAAUGGAAUAUUUUUCUGACAACUGAUGUCUAAACACUUUAUUGUAAAAGAUAGAAAUAACUUUUAAGUCCUGGUGAAGUUAACAGCAUUUUUAUGUUUUUUCAAUUUUUCAAGACAGGGUUUCUCUGUAACUUUGGAGCCUGUCCUGGAACUAGCUCUUGUAGACCAGGCUGGCCUCAAACUCCCAGAGAAUAGCAUUUUUAAAAUGUAGUUCCUCUCCUUGGCCCUCCAGCUAUGAACUUAGUGCUCCUCAGUACAUCCGGUGGACCUCCGGGACUAGCAGAGCUCAGGUGUUGCCUCUCAUGGAGGUCUGGUUUCACUGGGAGAAGUCUGUGCUUGCUGAGAGUUAAUCAGUUCUUAGGAGUCACUGGUCAUUCAGUCACAGGUGUCCAACCACAGUAGCUCCUCCAGAGGCUUGAUGGUGCUCUUGAGUUGUACAACAUGCUGACCCACUUCACUCCAUCCUGAGCUGUGGGAUAUGCCUACACUUUGUAGGGGAAAUACUUGAGAAAUAUAGGUCACUCUCAUAAGAGGGCAAAGCCCUUAGCCAGCAUGGUGGUACGUACCUUACAUCUUAGCAUUUGGGAGGUGGAGGCAGGAUUAACAUUUAAAGCCAACUUUAGCAACAUAGCAAAUUUGAGGCCUGGGCUACAUGAAGCCCUGUCUUAAAAAAACAAAAGCUGGAUUGGUGGUGUCCCACGCUUUUAAUCCCAGCACUCAGGAGGCAGAGGCACGCAAAUCUAGUUCAAGCCCAGCCUGGUCUAUAGACUGCAUUCCAGGACAGCCAGGACUCCACAGAGAAACCUGUAUCCAAGGGAAAAAAAAAAAAAAAAAAGAGGUCCAAGUGCUUUAUCUAAGCCCACUCCUGUCCUGUACAGGGGUUGCCCAAGGAGAGCAGAUGAGCCAGGUACAGCCAUGCACGUGUGUGGUGCUAGCAUCCAGGAGACAGGCAGGAGCACUGCAUGUUCAGGGUUAGUGGGGCUACACAGCAAGACCCUGACUCAAAGAUAGACAAGAAGAUGCCGGGCGGUCGUGGCGCACGCCUUUAAUCCCAGCACUUGGGAGGCAGAGGCAGGUGGAUCUCUGUGAGUUCGAGACCAGCCUGGUCUACAAGAGCUAGUUCCAGGACAGGCUCCAAAACCACAGAGAAACCCUGUCUCGAAAAACCAAAAAAAAAAAAAAAAAAGAUAGACAAGAAGGUGGCAAACCCUGGCUUGUAACUGUGUCCCCCUGUACUUCCCUUUCUGCUUGGUGACAGUAGAAGAUCCUUGGGUCAGGAGUGACAUUUUGUUGACCCAUUUUAUAUAAAUUUUAGAAAAUCAGUCUUUGGAAGGAAGCGGCAGCUCUACUCCUAUUGUUGUUCAUCUCUAGCGUGCAGAAGCCAGAGCGUAGGGAGGCUCAGCUUAGGCCUGGGAGCUUCUGCAGACUAACUCUAGGCCGCAGUGUUGAGCUUUCUGGUGCAGUGGUGCAGCAAUGUGCCAAGGUGCUUACACUGGGUGAAGCCUCACAGCUGGUCUGACAAGGCCCUGUUAGCUCUCCCUGUGCAAGUGUCGGUUAAACCUUUCAAUGUAAGUAGAAAUUCCCUCUGCUUUCUAAGAUAGUAGAAUCAGAUUACAGGCAUUUUUACUAAGUCCUAUAGUGCAGUAAAUUACAAGUGUUUUCUACAGCGAUUUUUAUUAAUAGAAUGUUUUAAAUUAGGCAGUGAGUCUUUGCAAUUUAAAUUUUUAAGUUAUUUAUUACAAUUAUUUUAGUCUACUAGAUGACUGCCUCAGAGGUAUAGAUUGUAAAGACAUGUCCACUGAGAACUGCAGUGACAAAGGGUCUCACCUUGGUUUUCAUGGACAGUAUUAACAUAGUGCCAAGAUGCCCCCAGUUUUCAGUAGUGCUAAGGGUCUGGCUAGAAGAUAUAAUCAUUAUCAGAUUAUAGUGGUAAUUGUCCCUUUUUAAUAUGGGGUUGAGUGAAUUAGUGUAAACAUCAUUGUUGGCAAACUGACAUUCCUGAAAACCUCUGCAAAACGUUUUUAUAUCCUGAUGAAUAUGUUAUGAGUUUAGGCCCAUUUCAUGUACUUCACUUUGAUAUAAUUAACCCAUAAACUGUUAGCUUAUCAGUGUUCAUCUGUGGCCACAGACACUUUUCACAAGCUUUUUGAGCUCCAAUAAAAAUGAUCUAUUUUCUCUACUCUUCUGACAGAAAAGCUGGCAGCUCCUCUGGUGGGCCUUGUGUUUACCUGCCAAGCACAGUCUGAUCUGGCUGACUGCACAAGUCAGAUUUCAGUCUAAAGUAUGUACUAUCCAUGUGUGUGUGCACGAUCUGACCAUAUCUCAGUCUAAAAUGCAUACUAUCCAUGCUUGUACGCAUGUGUGUGUAUGCGCACCGUCUGAUCUGGCUGACUGCACAAGUCAGAGCUCAGUUUCAAGUGUGUACUGUCAUGUGUAUGUGUGUGUGUGUGCGCGCUCGGGCAUCUAGAGACCAGAGGUGAGUCUUGGGUGUUACUCCUCAGGAGCUGUCCACUUUUAAGACAGGGUCUCUCACUGACCUGGAACAUGCCAAAGUAGGGGAAGCUGACUGACCAGCAAGGCCAAGAUCCCCCUGUCUCUGCCUCCCUCAUGUGGGAUUACAUGUGAAUACCUACCUGGCUUCUCAUGUGGUCCUGGGCUCACACUCAGGUCUUCCUCUAACUGAGCCGUCUCCCCAGCCUCCUGCUGGCCAAGAUUUAAAUGCAAAGGGAAACUGUAAAGUGAUGGUAGUCUGGUUCUACUGUACCUUUGCCGUCAAGACAAUAGGAAUGCUCAAGUCCUUUCUACUUUGUAUCUGUAAACUGUAAUAAAUUAUUAUAUUUGCACAUCUCUGCUGGGCUUUGUGGUAACUGCCACCCUGACCUGUCCCGGUACCCAUCACA